AUGGACUAUAAAAAUUUUGGAAGUAGUACCAGUAAAAAGUUUCAAGAUGAUACUCUAAACAGAGUAAGAAAAGAGCAUGAAGAAGCCUUAAAAAAAUUGCGAGAAGAAAACUUCAGUUCAAACACGUCAGAAUUGGGAAACAGGAAGCCAUACAAAGCACAGGAAAGAAUGAGUCCGCCAUUACAUAGAUUGUCUCCUGCAGAUAAAUCUGGCGAUAGGAAAAUGAAGAGCCCGCUAGACGAUAAGCUUAGGAGGCAAUUAAGGGAAGGCAAUACGCGACUACCUCCUCCUCCAUUUUCCAGCUAUGGGGUACCCUCAAAUAAUCGAUCUAAUCUGGAUAGAAUAAGAAGGAGGACUAGCUCACCUGUAAGGACUGAGAGGUUUGCAUCGCAAAAUGUGAUAGAUGACCAAAGAUUAGAAAUAAAAUAUUUAGAACGGAUCGUAUAUGACCAAGGCUCCGUCAUUGAUAAUCUAACAUCAAGAAUUACGAGGCUAGAAUCAUUUAUACUAGAUUCGGUUUCAGACAGAGGAGAUAAGAAUUUUGCCUCUCUUGAGCACUCCCACUCAUUUUCUGGGUUUCCCACCAACAAGACGUAUGGUUUACAAAUGGGUGGACCAUAUGAAAAUGAUAUACCCUAUCGAAGAAGCAGCGACAACGCCAAUAAAGAAGGAACAAGGGCAGAUCGAUCGUCACAAAUCCAUAUUGAAAAUGAAAGCACGGAAGAUAUAUUAAAAAUAUUAUCUUCGUCUUUUCAUAAUUGA